GACCAAUAGGCACUGGGCGAGUCAUGAAUAUGGGAUGAGGCCGGGGCCGCGGCCCUUGUCAUGCGGGCCCGGCAGGCGGCGGGAAGCGGCGGCGGCGGCGGGGCGCGGGCCGCAAGAUGGCGACCGCCAUGUACCUGGAGCACUACCUGGACAGUAUCGAGAACCUGCCCUGUGAGCUGCAGAGGAACUUCCAGCUGAUGCGGGAGCUGGAUCAGAGAACUGAAGAUAAGAAAGCAGAAAUUGACAGUCUUGCAGCAGAAUACAUUGAAUCAGUGAAGAACAUGUUACCUGAGGAGCGAGUGGAACACCUGAAGAAAAUCCAGAGUGCCUACAGCAAAUGUAAAGAGUACAGUGAUGAUAAAGUCCAGCUGGCCAUGCAGACGUACGAGAUGGUGGAUAAGCAUAUCCGCCGGCUGGAUGCAGACUUGGCAAGGUUUGAAGCAGAUCUGAAAGAUAAACUGGAAGGCAGUGACUUUGAAACCCCUGGAUCUCGAAGCCUGAAAAAGGGCCGAAGUCAGAAAGACAAAAAAGGCUCUCGUGGUCGAGGCAGGCGAACGUCUGAAGAAGAUACACCAAAGAAAAAGAAACUCAAAGGAGGAUCUGAGUUUGCUGAUACCAUCCUGUCGGUGCAUCCUUCAGAUGUCCUAGACAUGCCAGUGGACCCCAACGAACCCACCUACUGCUUGUGUCACCAGGUGUCCUAUGGAGAAAUGAUUGGCUGUGACAACUCGGAUUGCCCGAUUGAAUGGUUCCACUUUGCUUGUGUGGACCUCACCACCAAACCAAAAGGGAAAUGGUUUUGUCCUCGUUGUGUUCAGGAAAGAAAGAAAAAGAAGUAAGGAGUAGAGGAGAAUACAUCCUCUGAGGCAAGAAGAGUUUAAUAUAUUCAUUCAUGUUGCAAUAUUAUCUUUGAUAUUUUUUUUUAACCUACCCUCCUUUUUCUGGUAUGAUAUUUAAUUGUCCAGUGGCCAGUUGUAAUUCCUCUUCUUUCAUAAGAAAAUUACUUUGGGAGGGAGUCCCAAAUCCUUUUGCCACAGGGAUUUUAUUUAUGUUACACUUGGCACAGCACUGAAAUUGGUGUUACUAUGAAGUGCUAGGGCAGCCAGUAGCUGUAGUCUCUGCUAGUUUAUAGGAGUCUGAAACUACAUAAGGCAUUGCAGGAAAAUGACAUACCUGUAUCCUCAGCGUGGUGCAUCACCGUCAUCGGAAUAGUUUAGGCCUGGAGCUUGGUGUGGCAGAGAGCAGGGAAUUUUCUCUGAUGCGGCCUGCAUGAAAGAAGUAGGCCCCAUUGUUUAGGGGCAAAGUCCAUUUGUUGUGCAGCUUUGUGGUACAGAAAGGAACAGGAAAGCUAGCUGGCUGUUUCCACUGUCUGCUUCCUCAAAGCCAAGUGCUGUGCUUAGUUUCGACAGGGCAGGGGUGGGAGAGAGGUAAGAGCCCACCUGUUUUGGGGAGUUUCUUCUGUCCACCUUUGCACUGCCUUCAUUUUACUUGAUCCUUGUCCCCAUUCACAUGAACCUUAAGGGAAGCAAACCAUUUCACUUUUCACCUCCUUCUAGAAAAGGUUUCUCUUUUGGGGAGAUAACCUUUAAAUAGCAAAGGAAUUGUCCUGCAAUGUUUGUUAGUGACAGUAAUACUGAGGGAGGGCAUUACCUUUCCUGGCUGUUUCCAUUUCUCUGAAGAUCCUUUAAAGUACCUUACUGUGAAGAUGAAACCUACAGUAUUUUUAUAGAGAUAGAAGGUCGGAUUUAUUCAUAAAAUAAGAUGAAGGCCUGAUUUUUGUUAUUUGUGGUUGUCUGGGGUAAAUCAGGCAAACAGACUUUAGGGCAAAGGCUCCCUAAGGACAAUGUAGAUUCCCAUGGUGGUGUGGCAAAGCUGAAAGGCAGCCAUCUGAUAGCUUGGGGGGGUGCUGAAUAGUGUUUGCUGUGAAGCACUGCUGUUGAAAGCCAGUCAGCAGAAUGUUUCAAUACAACUUCUUGUCUUGUUUUUUUAGCUAGGGUACAUUUGCAUGUUCUUGACUUCUUUAAGCUGCGUUUCAGAUUAUGAAUGUGAAUCCUUGCUGAUCCUUGCUGUCGUCGCAGUGUCAGUCGAUGCAGCAGAAGGAAGAGAAGGAACUCGGGAGUAGGGAAAAAAAAAAAGUCUUUAUGGUUGGGUUUUUUCCUUCCCCCGAGUUAUAGUGGAUGCAGAAGUUGAGGGAAGAGCAGAGAUCGCUCUUGUCUCCAUAUAUAUCUGCUGCAUUAUGGGGCUUUCCCGCCUACAAUAAAAGAUGCUGGUGGAGAGUGGGGGGGGGGGGAAGCCCCAAACCAAAACCUCCUGCAGCAUCAGGCACCAGGGUUCAUGAACUUUGCUGCUGUGAUCCCUGAUGGCUGUUGGUGGCAGAGCUGUGAACUACUUUGCAUACCAUUGUGCAGGAGCUGUUGGUAUAGACUGCUGGAAAGGCAUUGAGAAACUUCCAGAUAAGCUUUUCUUCUGCUGUAAAAACAGUCUGAAUAAAGAGCAGAAAAAAACGGCUUCUGUUCAGAUUUUGGCAUUUUGUUUCUAAGAAAAAAAAAGAUUUUUCCUUGUUAUACUGACCCUCUUGCUUGUAUUUUGCAAUGAAAGAAAGUAGAACACAGCUCUUGCCAGUUUUGCUUCCCUGCUUUGCUCUGCUGGGCUUUGUAGAUGCUGCAGGUAUGUCAAGACUGACGUAAAAAAAACCUCUUGAUACCGAGACAGCUCUUCUGUGAACAUUUUGGUUUAUUGCAUCUGCUAUGGAAAAAAACCCCACAACAAAUCAACCUGUCUCCAGGGUCCUACCAUUUAAAGUGUGAUACUGCUCCUGUCUCGGCUACAUUGCAUCACUCCCUGCAUUGUGUCUGAAGUUUCCAUAGUCAAUAGGAGUGAUGCAUGUUUGUCACUGUUGCUGUUGUAAUAGCACCCGGAAAGCCAGCAGACAAAUGAAAAGCAGAUUGCUGGAGGGAAAGAGGAGGAAAAGCACAAUCCUACGAACCUGACCUUAGACGUAGUCAGCCCUCUUUUUCUUUCCACCUCUCCUCCUGAGAGCAAAUUUAAUUGUGAUACCUCAUGAGCCAGCCUGUAAUUCUGUAACCAGUGAGCGAGACCUGUACCUCGUUGACGUGCUACACUGGAGUAAUGCAGGAGCCUUACUGCGUCCUGACGCCUAAAUGUUGAUGCCAUUUCAGGUUUUAUUUCCCCCUUCUGUCCAAUGGUAUUGUAUAGGACUUUUUUUUUUUUUUUUUUUUUCUUACUUGCCCCUCCCCUGGCAUUAUUAGUAGUGGUAUGUCCGUAGAUUAAGCAUUUGAUUUGAAACGUGCUCAAAAUUCCACUGCACCUCUCUGGGAAGCAUGGAAGUGUGCAGCUAAGGAUGAGUCGGUGUAAAGCUGACUGCCCUCAGCUCAGGAAUGAUGUUCAGGUAGGACAGCAAAACGCAGUUUGUUAGCACGUGCUUUCUGGGGCUGAGAAGAGCAGACAUUUUCCUUUUCAACCAGCAAAGAAAAAAGAAAAAUAAACUCUGGAUGUUAGCAUCGGCCCCAAAAAGAAAGGUAGUUUGCUAGGAAUUGUGAAUAGCGUGAGGCACAACAUACUCACAGCGCAAGGUCUGUGACAUGUCGGAACAUCUGACAUGCAAUACCAGCAAUAAACUCUCCUGCUCAGAUACCAGCGCAGGGGCUCUGACGGUUCGAGAGCAUCUCCUGGCCGCUCACGCCUGGCUUUAGAGAUUUUUUGUAAAACCCCUUAUAGACAAAUACCAGUAGCCUUUUUUUGCUUACUAAAGGAUUUAAAUCUUUCUCCUGAAUUUUGAAUGUACAGUGUUAAAUAUACUUUCAUGGAGAAGGGUGAACAAGACUGUGAUAUGUAAAGGAAUGUUCCACUAAAGAUUGUCGGGACGCCUGAGCGCGUACCCUGUGGGUUCAGCUUUAUCCCAGCUCAUCCAAACUGGAGGUGAAAACGACUUUAACCUGAUUGUUCUAUUUUUUAAAUGAAUUAGAUCUAUGUUCCCUUUGUUAAUGGAAGAGAAUAUAAAUCUUUUUAUUAAAAAAAAAGGAAUGUAAAGUAAAAAUGUAUAUCUGUAUUUUUGGAUCAUGUUAUAGAUGAUGGAUAUAUUGUUAUAAAUAAAGUAUUUUUGGGAACAAAGA